AUGAGACAGAGUCUUGAUAACAACCACUCAAGAACACUCAUCCACAAAAGAACAAUUUCUAAGAAAAAUACCUCAUUAAAUAGAAAUAAUAUGGCAGUAAACAUCACUCGACAUCUGAUUGAUGAAUCCUCACUGAAGAUUUAGAGAUUACCCACUAUUAAAUAGAAGCCUUAGCAAAGACAACUCCUUAACCUUCGCCCCAUGAAUGACACUGAUUGCUCAACACCCUAGUCAAAUGACUAACUGCCCGAAAUUUCUCAAAAUGGAAGAUCAUCAAUUUAAUACAGUUCACAGCAUGUGAGGAAACCUUCAAACAUCGGGACUGAAGCACCUAAAAGAGUCUACAGAGUUCCUCAAAUUAGUUAGUUCGCAAACGGUAGAAAAAUUAUACCUUCUAUAGAACAGAUAAAGCUAUCAGAAAUAAACUUCCCUGAGAGUGCACCUUCUUCACCCUCUCCCAGAAAGAAGAUGAGAAAGCUUAAAUUCUCUCUUGAAGAGGUAGUGAUAAAAAACUUCAAAGAGCUUAACUCUCAUCCAGCAACCAAAAACCUUAAGAGCAGUUCGGCAUAAUCAGAAAACUUAGAGUUUUCUGAGAUGGAAAAGGGAUACUCCAAGCACAAAUUAACAGAGUAUAAUAGGGCUAAAAUGGUAGAUUGGAUGAUUUAAGUCUAUAAUGUUUUUGGUAAAAGUACCGAGAAAACUUUAUUCACUGCUAUUUCAAUCAUGGAUCGCUACAUUUUGAGAAAAGAACCAAACGAAAAAAUUGAGAAUCUCAAUGACCACUACCAUUUGAUCGGGAUUGUUUGCGUUUGGCUCGGUUCCAAAUUAGAAGAUACUAAAGAAAUCCAAUUCAAACAAAUCUAUAGAGAUGCUGGACAUGCUAAAUUUAGAAAACAGCAAAUCUUGGAUAUGGAAGCAGACAUCCUCAGAACAUUGAACUUUAACCUCAUUGACACGUAACCAUAUGAAGAGUCUAUGACUCUUCUUAAGCUAUUCUAGUAUGACGGCAACAAGAAAAUCUUCGAAUAAGACGAGAUUCAGAGAAUGUAGGACAUUCUCAAAGUUUUAUCUCUUACAAAUGCUCACGGAUUCAUAAUCUCUUCUGAGAAAAAGGAAAAGGUCUGGACUGCCUAGGUAAUACUGGCAAUCAGACUCCUUGCCUUAAUUAAUAAUAAAAAGGGAAUUAAUCAAAGUGCUGCUCUUACUAAAGAAUAAAAAGAAUUCGUGAAGGACACAAUAAAAGCAUUCAGGAAGAAAAACGGCAUUUGCAAGCCAAAAAUGCAUGAGCUAAAAGAGAUUAACAAAAAGAUAAUCUCUAGCUUCAUGGAUUUCGAAAGACAUUUCGACAAGAUUAGGAAUAUGAUCAAAGAUAACCAAUACUAUUAGAUCAUAAAACAAGCCUUUUCCUAAUUAUAGUAAUGA